UUCAAGUCUCAGGCACCCGGUCCGCCUCGGUUCGGCUCCGAGCUCAGCCGCUGCCACCUAGCCCGAGGCUUGCAUCCCAAGCCAGGGUUGGGCUGUGCUUUCCCAUGAUCAUCUCGUUGUAUCCUCACUCCUGCUGUGGGAGGCAGGUGCUGUUUUACCCACAUUUACAGAAUCCUUAAAGGCUUACCAUAUUUCGCUGCAUAAUCGUCACCACUGCAUAAUCUUCAGUCCAAAAAUUGGUAUAUAACCUUUCAUCGCCUAAUCAUCACAUGGUAUAAUUCUGUUCUCCAUGCUGCUUAAAAGGUAAGCAGAGCAGCAAUGUGUUCACCAGUGGCGUAUGGAUAUGCAUUUAUCUCGGGAGCAUUGUGAGCCAGGAGCCUAGAAUUCUCAGCAUGGGGGCCUUGUCAGUAUAUUUCUGAAAGCUGACGUGUGUGGGUUGUUUAGAAUGCUUCAGUACUGCACCCAGAAAAGAGCCAGAGGUUCGAGGGGAGCGGGUGAAGCUGCCGUGAGUAAGUCGCAUGCUUUGGGAAGACCGGCAUCUUCCUGUGCUGGCUAAACGGUACGGUUCGUCUACCAGCGGCACGUUAACAUCGUAAGCACUUCUUUCUGACUAUGGGUAAAUAUAGGAAUUAUUCUGCGGGCUUCAAGCUGAAAGUGAUUGUGUUUGCUGAGCAGCAUGGAAACAGAGCUGCAGAAAGACAGUUUUCAGUGAGUGAAAAGUUGGUGCGAGACUGGCGGAAACAAAAAGACAAGCUAGAAAACACGAACCUUUCUAGACGGGCUUUUAGAGGGCCUAAAACGGGCAAGUUUCCCCAAAUCGAUGAAGAAGUGUUUGUGUACGUCAACGAAAUGCGUAACAGUGGCUACCGAAUAUCAUAUGAGAUGUUGCAAAUGAAGGCCCGGGAGGUAGCGCGCAAACACAACAUUCUUACCACUCAGUUUAAGGAGAGUCGUGGCUGGGUCAUGAGGUUCCUGCGACGAUGCAAUCUGUCUGUGCGAAGGAGAGCCACCGUAUGCCAAAAGCUGCCACCUGAUUACGCUGACAAGCUGUGCCUCCUGAGAACGCUGCUCUUCCCUGGGAAGAAAUUCCUCAAAGAAGAGACAAUGGCCCCUGUGUUCCUGACUUCUCGGGCCUGCCAGGAGUCAGUGACCUUCAGGGAUGUGGCCGUGGACUUCACCCAGGAGGAGUGGGGACUCCUGGGCCCUGACCAGAAGGAGCUUUACCGGGAGGUCAUGCUGGAGAACUAUUGGAACCUGGUCUGCCUGGGUUGGGAAAGUAUGUUUGAAACCAAGGUAUCAAUUCUAACACCAGAACAGUCAUCCCAGAAGAGACUCACAAGAGAUGGUCUUUGUGCUUCCAACUUGGAGGAAUCUUGGAAAUAUGACUCCUGGAUACAGAAACAGCAGAGAGAUCAUGAGGAAUUUCCUCAGCAAGUAAAAGUCACUCAAAAGAAACCUUCCCGUGAUGUCAGUGGUCAUAAAUAUAAUAAACUCGAUAGUAGUAUCAGUCUACAACCAGUCAUUUUGCCACAAGAAAAAAUAUCUGUUGAAAAGGAUUUCUGUAAAUGUGAUACACACAGAGAGAACUUUAGACUGUAUACACAUUUGUUAAAAUGCAAUAAAAUGUACCCAAAGAAGAUAUUUUCUAUGUGUACCGAAUGUGGGAAAUCCUUCAGGUAUAAUUUAACUCCUAUUGAAAAUCAGAGAAUAUGUACUAAAGCAAAAGAGUAUAAAUGUAACGAAUGUGAGAAGGCCUUCUGCUGGAGAUCACAGCUUAUUAAACAUCAAGCAAUUCAUACUGGAGAGAAGCCUUAUGUGUGUCAGGAAUGUGGGAAGGCCUUCCGGCAGAGCUCACACCUUACUCAGCAUAAGACAAUUCAUACUGGAGAGAAACCUUAUGAAUGUGAUGGGUGUGGGAAGACCUUUCGCCAGAGGAAGGGGCUUACUGAACAUCAGAAGAUUCACACUGGAGAGAAACCCUAUGAAUGUAAUGAAUGUGGCAAAGCCUUUCGCCAGAGGAAGGGGCUUACUGAACAUCAGAAGAUUCACACUGGAGAAAAACCCUAUGUAUGUAAUGAAUGUGGGAAAGCUUUUAGUCAGAGGACAGAUUUUAUUCGACACCAGAGAAUUCACACUGGAGAGAAGCCUUACAAAUGCAAUGAAUGUGGGAAAGCUUUCUCCCAGAGGAAAGGACUUACUGAACAUAAUAAAAUUCACACUGGAGAGAAACCUUAUGACUGUAAUGAGUGUGGGAAAGCCUUCAGUCAGAAAACAGAUCUCGUUCGACACCAGAGAAUUCACACUGGAGAGAAGCCUUACAAAUGCAGUGAAUGUGGUAAAGCCUUCUCCCAGAGGACAGGACUUACUGAUCAUCAGAACAUUCAUACUGGAGAGAAAGUUUAUAAGUGUAAUGAAUGUGGGAAGUGUUUCCGCCAGAACAGAGGACUUUCUGAACAUCGGAAAAUUCAUAGUGGAAGGAAAGUUUGUGAACGUAAUUAAUGUCUGAAGUCAAAGUUUACUCAACAUUAGACAAUUCGCACUGGAGAGAACCCUUAUGAAUACAGAGGAUUUAUUUGAUACCAGAGAAAAGCCAUAGAGAUGUCAUGGUAUGGGGUGGCCUUAUACUGGAGCAUACAGUUGGUCAACACCAGAGACAUCUGGUCAACAUCUUUACUUCCAGUCAAGCUGGGUUCUUUAUUCUCCUCCUACGUAACAUUCUAUCUCCCAUUUCCAUCAAUUUACACCACUUGUAAUGCUUUCCCUCCUCAUUUCUCUUGUAAUCCCUGCUUGCUUUCAAGGCUUGGUUCAAGUGCCAUCUUACUCCAUAACCACUUCCCAGUUUCCCCAUUUAUUGGCCCCUACCCAUCCCAAGAAAUUUGGUGUGUAUUUUGUCCAUAUUUGAGACUUAUUUAGCACAUACAUAUUGUUUUCCUCCAGAAGCAGGAAGUGCUUACAAGGCAGGAAUCAUCUUGUUUUUGUCUAUAUCCUCAGGACCUAGCAAGUGCUUGGAAGAUAUAAAGUGCUUAAUAAAUGCUUGAAUUGGAUUGAAUAUUUGAGAGAGGGCUUCCCUCCAGGGAAAACAGUGUCACAGAAUGUCUGAGUUCUUUGGGACCUCAUCAACCAAGCAGUCCAUAUACCAAUGGAAUCUAUUCUAACAUAGCCAAUAAGUAGUCAUCCAAUUUCCACUUAACUGCCAAGGAGUGGGGACCCGUUCCCUCUCAUGACAGUUCAACCCACUUAUGGACACCUUUAAUUUUUAGCUAGUUUUUUUUCUGACAUCAGCCAAAAUUAGCUUCUUUGCCUCUUCCAUCUAUGACUCCUGGUCCUUUCUCUGAGAUCAAAGAGAAAUCUAAUCUUUCCUUCACAUGAGAGCCCUUCAGGCACUUGAAGACCCCUAUCAUACCUCCCCCUUCCCCAGUCUUCUCUUCUCCAGGCCAAAUACCCACUUCCUUGAGCUAAUCUUCCUAGGACAUGGACUCUAGCCCUUUACCAUUCCCUCCUCUGGACACUCUCCUUCAUAAAACGUGGCACUCUGAACACAGUAACCCAGAUGUGGUCCAAUUAUGGCAGAGUACAGUAGGGCUGUCAUUUCUGCCAUUCCAGGAAGCUAUGCCUCUCUUAAAGCAGCCCAAGAUAGCGGUAGCUUUUGAGGCCUUCAUAUCACACUACUGAUUCAUAGGAGUUUGUAGUUCACUGAAACUCCCAAUAUUUUUUCAUAACUGCCGUCUUGCUGUGUCUCCCCAUCUUAUACUUGUGAAGUUACUCUUUUUGUAUCCAAGUGCAAGAUUUACUAUUGAUUCCUAUUGCAUUUCAUCUUAUUAGAUCCAGUGCUCUAGCCUGCCAAGAUCCUUUUGAAUCCUGACUCAGUCAUCCACUGUAUUGUAUUAACUAUCCCUCCCAAGUUGGUAUCAUCAACAAACCAUCUCUGCCUUUAUCUGAGUCUUUGAUAAGAAUGUUGACCAGCACAGGGCCAAACACACAUCCUUGAGGUACUCCAUUAAAGACCUCUCACCAUGUUAACAUUAAACCACUAACAACCACUCAAGUCCAACUCAUCCAACCGAUUCUUAACCCAUCCGAUGGUAUUGUCAUGUAAUUAAUAUCCCUCUAUAUUUUUCAUAAGAAUUUUAUGGAAUAUUUUAUCAAAAGCCUUGCCAAAAUCUAGGCAAACUAUAUCUACAACAUUGUCAUCUAUUAGUUUAUUCUGCCCCCUCCACCUAUUGGAAAUGAGGAUAGUCUGCCAUGAUGUAUUUUUUUUUUUUUGCUAGGCAGUGGGGCUAAGUGACUUGGCCCAGGGUCACACAGCUAGUGAGUGUUAUGCAUCUGGGGCUGGAUUUGAACUCAGGUCCUCCUGACUCCACUGCACCACCCCACUGCCCUGAUGUUUUCCUGAUGUAUUCUUGAGCUCUUUGUAAUCACUGCUGACUAUGUCUUUAAUGGUCUGUUCUAGAAUUUUCCGAGAAACUGAAGUCAAGCUCUCUGGUUCAUAGUUUGUAUCUGUUUUCUUCCCAGAACCCUUUGAAAGUUAGGAUAUCAUUUGUCCUCCAAUUCAGUGGCUCCUUGAUCUCUCAACAUCACAUCCACAGUGCUCUCAGUAUUUAUGGAUGUGGUUUAUCUGAGCCCAAUCACUUCAAUUCAUCAAGGUCAACUAGAUGUUCUCUUCCAGUCUCCUUUUGUUGGAUGUCAGCUCCCUGUGAAUCUUUGUUCUGUCUUCAGGUGCAAAGGUCAUUCUUCUUAGCCAAACCAGAAUUUUUGAGCAGCUGCUCUCUCCGUGGUCAGUUACCGUUCUCCACAGUAGAUGGUGCCAUCUGUUUCCUACCAUAUUGUGGUUUGCCUGAGUACUUUAGUUCAGUAAAGGAUCCCUCUUGUUUUGAUAAUACUUGGCUUGUAAAUGCAGUCGUGGCAUCUAUACACGUGAGAGUAAAAUUGUGUUGUGGGUGUAAGCCCGAGGCCUUGGCUGCCUUCUGCUUUCUGCUUUCUGUGAGCACAGACCAGUGGUCAACAAAUCUGAGAAGUAAACGUUUCCAGCUCUGAGAGUACCCCUCGUGAGUUCGGGAAGUGAAGUUUCUGAUGGUGCUAGCUGCUCAGAAGGAAGCAGUUACCCACGGUUGUACCAUUUAUCCCAUAAGGAACCCAAACACUGCCUUCCACCUCCCCAUCACUAGGAGAAUACUGCAGCUAAUGUGACUAAGGAAGCCCUGCCCUGGCUGGCCAAUAGAGUAGCUCAGAUAACGUGAUUCUGAGAUGAAAUGGCAAUGUCUGUUCCACCAGUCCAAAAGCGUUGUAUCUGCCUUUCAGUGGAGUGUGAAUGUGGUUAUUUUGUGAAUGCUUGCCUUUUAAUCUGUUUUAUCCGAAGCAUUUUCUGUGGUGGAGUAAAUAAAAAGCUGUCCUAUAACUCA